AUGCAUGGGGUAGCGGGGCUAAUAAACUUAACAAUUCUAAAUUUACCUAAUAACGGUAUCGUUACAAUGGAUGGUUUAGCCAAGCUAACUAACUUGCGGUGGCUUAAUCUAUCAGGAAACAAACUUAAGGUUCAAGAGUUGUCGUGCUUGCCGAUGCUUUCUCAGUUUUCUUUAGGAAAUAAUCCGUGCAUCGAAUCAUUUGCAAACAACUAUAGAUUAUUUGUCUUGGGCUGGUUGUCAAAUUUACGUAUUCUCGAUGGGACUCGGAUAACAAAAGAAGACAUUGAGAAAGCUAAUUGCUUCAUAUCCGGAAUAAAGUCUCCCUUGUUUAUACAAUCCUUGUCUCAAAGUGAACGCAGCAAAUUCAAUGAAGAUACUGAUAAGGGUAUUGUUAACAGAAAUAUAGAGUUAAUAACUCAUGAAGUUGUCAAUCAUAAUCUUCCAAGAAAUCAUCAUAGUAGAUCAAUUUCAUCAUGUACCAGAUUCUCAACUGAGCUAAAUCAGAAUUUUUCCUGUGAUGACGUUUCUUCUCAUUCUGUUAGUAGUAUUUCAAGUAAACCCUGUUCUGGAGAACUAACGUCCGCAAUGAAUAAUUCUUGUUCAAAUGAAGAUCGUAAUCAUGUGUUUCAAUCGUUUUCACCAUCUGUUAUUACAACUACUAAUUCUACUCCAAGCAAUUACCCACCCAAUAAUAAUUCUAUGAUUUCAUCUAUUCUAAAUAAUGGUAAUAUUCAUUUAAAUCAAAUUAAAUGCAAUGAUAAAAGUACCUGUACAGAAGGUGUCAAUAUGUCUAGUUUAUCCUACUCAUCAAGUCUUGCUAAUCCGAAAUUAAGUAUCAAUAAUAAUAAUGAUAAUAAUAAAAGUCUGUUUAUUGCACACGAAACAUCAUCGUACUCUAUGACUAACCCUCAACCAUUAUUAAAAAUAUCGACUAAUUCACCUCGACAAGUUCUGUCUGAAAUCAAGGAAGGAUUGUUCAAAACGAAAUUAAUUGAUGAAAAAUGUGGAAUGAAUUCAUAUUGUAAUGAUCAACUUAUUACAUCAUCUAAUAAUCUGUUAUCGUCGGAUUCAGUUUAUUUACCUUUAUCAAAUACCACCAAUAACAUAGAGGAAACAUUCGAAACAGAAUAUAAGGCGAAAAGUCAUUCAAAUGCAGUUCAUUGCACGAUAAGUGAUGUCAACAACUGGCAAAGUAUUGAUAAGAGGUCAUUGAAAUUAUCACCUAGUGAUAGUUUAUUAUCUUCUGGGAAUUUCAUUCCUUUACACCAAUCAAUGUGUCUUCAAUCAUCAAAAUUGUCACAUUCAUUAAAAAAUUCUUUACAUAGCAUAAAUUCUAAUGAAAAUAUAAAAUUUGAAACAUUAGGUUUAAUAAAUGGUGUACACUUAAUUCAUGAUGGUGAAGAAAACGAAGAAGGUGAUAAUAAUAAUGAUAUCAAUGAAGAGGAAGAUGAUGUCAUAACAGAAACAACAGUUCAAAGUAGUAGAUUCACUGAACACAUAGAUAAACCAAACAAUGAUGAACAAUUCAAAGAGGAUAAUAUUAUUACCCUUAAUAAUAAUAAUAAUAACAAUAAUAAUAACAGUAAUAAUGAUGAUAAUAAUAUCGAGAAUAAUGAUAAUAGUAAUAAUAAUAAUAUUGAUGAAAAAGAUAUAUUAGUUAAAGGAGUCUUGGAUGAUAUGGAUUUAACUUGUCUAAUUAAUUUAAAGCAUAAAAUUAGCACACAAUCUAUGAAAGUUCAUAAUUCAAUUACAAAAGAUCAAGAAAAUGAAAUUUUUGAUAAUAACAUUAAACAACAGUCGGUACAAUCGGCUGAAGUGAAUGAAGAUUCGAAAUUAGCCGUUAACACUGACAUUAAUGAUGAUAAUCAUGUAGAAUCGAAUUCAGUAGCAGCCACUGAUCGUUAUAACGUAACAACUACUGUGUUAGAUAAUGCAUUGAUUAAUCCAAUUAACAAAUUUAGUCACAAUUCUAACCCAAUAACAUUAUCUUCAACAUCUUCCAUGACAACAUCAUUAUCUAAUUACUGUCCAGCAUGUGGUAAUCAAACUAAACUAUUACAAGAUCAUGUUAUAUUUUUACAAAAACAAUUACAAACUCAAUGUAAAUCCAAUGAAGCUGAAUCUAAACUGAAUCAAUUACAUUCGAAUUCUAUUCAGUUUUUACUAAAAGAAGUUGAAGAAUUAAAAGCUUGGAAAGAAUCCAUUUCACUUAAAUUGACAAAUUCUACUUAUAAAUCUAUUGAAUUUUCUUCUAAUUAUACUCAAACUGAUAUACAAGAUAAUUAUUAUGACCAAAGAAAAGAACUAAUAGUGGAGCAUCCAUUGAAUAAUGUCUAUCUAUUGAAUACAAAGAAAAGUGAUGAUGAUAGUAAUAAAUUAAAUUGUGUUCAAUUAUCUAAUAAUAUGGUUGAACAAAAUCAUAUGGAAAAUGAUAAUGAAUUGAAGAAUAAUUCAAACAGUCACUUAUCAAAAAUUAUUGUUCAAUUUAAUGGUACCAAAGAAGAACAAAAUGAGAAAUUUUCUUAUGAAUUGAGCAAAUUUAAUGAAUAUGAAGAAGAUAAAACGUUAUCUUCAUUUGCUAAAAUGUCUAAUACAGAACUUUCUAAAAUAUCAGAACAACAUCAUACUUUACAUUAUGAUAAUAGAAAUUUUGAUAAGAAUGAGAAUAAUAAUGGAAUAGUAUUAAUGAAUAAUAUAUUACAACGAUCGUCUUAUGGUAAUACUUCAAAAAUAUUAGGAACUCACCGAGACAUUGAAUCGAAUACUACUGUCACUGAUUCUUAUGAUCUUGAAGAUUUUUCAGAUUUGGAACUUGUACGACAAGCUGCUUUACAGGCUAUGAAUUUAGACUCAACAUCAAUUGAUGCAAGUCUUCAUAGUAAUUCAUCUCUGUCAAUUGUAACACCUUCAAUUUCAUAA